AAACACUAUAUGUGAAGACUGGUGAAUGGGAACAUUGAUUUCUGAAGUGGCCUGGAGAGGACAAAUGCUUGGUGUUUUCCUAAGAUGCUGUUGAAGUAGUCUUUGCCGCUGCUUUCCUUCACUUAGUCAAAGCUCUUCAUAACAUGGGCUGCAUGAAAUCAAAGCAAACUUUCCCAUUUUCCACCACAAUUGAGAGUGAGAAGAGGCCUGCAAGUCAAGAAAGCUUUAUGCCUGAAGAGAGAUUUCUACCCAGGAUACCUUCUCUAGUUAACAUCAAAGAGGAAGUGAAAGAACCCCCAGGGCCUGAAAUUGUGGUGUCCGAAUUUGCACACCGCCUGUCCCAGGAAAUCCUGACUGAUGCCUUGCAGCAGUGGGCAGGCAACAACAUCAAGUACUAUGACAUCCCGUAUAUUGAGAGUGAUGGGCCUUGAUGCUGCAUGGAGGAGGAUGACACUUUCUUGAAUUGUGGAUAAAGUUGGUGCUAGUUUAAAUACACAAAACAAUAGCAAAAACUGGUGUGAAUAAAUACAGAUAACUCCAUCUGGUAUUAAAAAAAAAAAUCUAUGAUAGCAUCAAGAGUCUAAGAAUACCUAAAAUGAAAAGUUCUAUGUUCA